UAGUGUACGCAUGGCCUAUAAAUAAGUCUCACCAUUCCUUGUAUUCUACCCUGAAAACUUCACGUGCUCUCUUUCUCUCUUCUUACAUCCCCCAAAUACUGUACAAUUUUGCUCUGUUGUCUGCCAAAAAAAGUAAAAAACAUUAAAAACUCCUUAUCCCAUUUCUGUUUUUUGGGAAACUGUGUCAUUGAUCAGUUAGGUCAUUAUAUAUAUUUUGCUACUCUACCAAACUUUCAAGGUAGUUAGUUAGUUACUAGAGAGAGUUUUAUUUGGACAAGAGAUCUUAAUUCCUCGAUUAAUUCGGUGAUUUUAACAUAUAUAUGGAGAAGGGAAAGCAAGUGUUUGGUUCAUCGGCUUCUUCUUCGUCCUUUACAAAUGAUCUGUUUGGUCCGAAAGAGCCUUCAAAAACGUCCCUCUUUGGUUCUGUUUUUGGCUCACAUUCUAUGGGACUUGGAAGGGAUUCCACUCACUCUGCAGCUAGAGGUUCAUCCAGAAUCCAAGAUUCAAAAAACCAGUCAUGUGGAAAUGCAAAAUAUGGAACUUCAGAUAAUAAUGGUUCUCAAAAAAGCAGAGGAGAUAACAGUAAUAAGGACAAGAAUCCCAUAUUGUAUCAGAAUGGAACAACAGAACCAUGCCAUUUAAGCUCAUCUAUAUACUAUGGUGGACAAGAUAAUUAUUAUCCACCUACUGCCUCACACAAUACUUUCAAGAAAAAUGGAGAAGAAGAUGAUGAUCAAAAUGGAAACAAUUCAAACUGUGCUUCAAGAGGAAAUUGGUGGCAGGGAUCAUUGUACUAUUGAGGCCUUGCUUUUUUUCCUAAAUUUGAUCACUAUAUUAAAAAAUCAGGAGAUAAGAAUGGUUCGGCAUUUCUUUGGAUCUCGUGCAUAGCAGAAAUUUAGUGUAUCGUGUGUGUCUUUAGUCAAGGCUUUAAUUGGAGCAUUUUAAGCACUUAAUUUGUUACUUUUUUUUUGUUUUGUUUUCUUGGUUUGUCUUUAUGGUAAUUGGCAGGACCUUAAGCUAAUUUUGUACAUGGGUUUGUCCCACUAAUUUUAACACUUUAUCAGUAGACAGUUUGUUCUAAUUAAUCUCACCUCUCAUUCUGGG